CAGUCUCAUUCGAAGGACCGUCUCCACGCUGAGCUCGCGACAUGUCCGGACGACAAAAAGCCCUCCUGCUGGUCUCUGGGAUGGGUGGCGCAGGCUAUGCAGCCUGGAAGACAUUAUUUCCGUGGAUUGGUGACGAUAUCAAGACAAUUAGAGUAUUUUUGGAAGUUCUGAAAAGGAUUGGCGAAAACUUUAGCAAAGGAAGGACAGUUCUGGAUAUGUUUGAAGAGAAUGUGGUCAAACUACCGAAAAAGACAUUCAUCAUUUUUGAGGAUAGACAAUAUUCGUACGAAUUUGUCGACACCAUGGCCAAUAAAGUGGCAAAUCUUGCUGCAUCAUGGAACCUUCCCCGGGAUUCUUCAGUCGCCAUGAUGAUAGAAAAUGAACCUGCAUUUGUAUGGACAUUUCUAGGUCUACAGAAGGCAGGACUUGUAGGAGCUUUUAUUAAUUACCACUUAAAGGCUCAUCCACUCAUACAUUCCAUCAAGGUCAGCGACGCACCCGUGCUCAUCAUUGGCUCAGGAGAUGGCCAUCUAGAGUCGAUUCAAGAGAUACUGAACGAUUUACCCGACAUUAAAAUAUAUGUUCAGGGAAAGCGACAAACUGACCUCCCGUCAAAGUUCGUUGCCAUGGACGACGUACUUCUUCGUACCCUUCCUGUGGCUCUUUCUAAGGUACACCGAGAGGGGACCACCUUACGCAGUCCCGUCUGCUACAUUUAUACCUCUGGUACAACAGGACUACCUAAGCCAGCAAUAAUCAACAAUUCGAAAGCCAUGUCUUCCUCGGUGUAUUGGCAAGCGUUCGGUUACAAUGAAAACGAUAUAGGUUAUGCUGUUACACCUCUAUACCACAGUGCUAGCACCACGUUGUGCCUAUUUAAUACAAUUGAAAGAGGAGCAACUAUAGUCCUUCGCCGAAAGUUCUCUGCCCGUCAUUACUGGGAAGAUGUACGCAAAUAUAAAGUUACAGUCAUACAAUAUAUAGGAGAAUUAUGCCGAUAUUUACUACGUGUACCAAAGAACGAUCUUGAUGGUGUACACAAUGUACGUGUGGCGUUCGGAAAUGGACUUCGGAUAGACAUUUGGGAAGAAUUUAAAACCAGGUUCAAGAUUCCGCGGAUAGUAGAAUUUUUCGGGGCAACUGAAGGAACCGGGAGCUUUUUGAAUGCUACUGGUAAAGUCGGUGCCAUCGGCAGGAUGUCUCCUUUUAUGAAAGCAACUGUAUUUCGGGAUAAAAGCUUUCAAAUAAAUUUCAUUCAAUUCGACACCAGAUCAGAAAAACCGAUAAGAGACAAGAAUGGGAGAUGUAUCCAUAUAAAACCAGGUGAGGUGGGUCUCGUCAUUUGUGGGGUAAACGAAGAAUUCUACUCUGGAUUUUACAAAGGUUCUAAGGAAAUGAACGAGAAAAAAUUCAUCCGAGACGUAUUUGAGGAGGGGGAUCGCUGGUUUUCAUUUGGUGACCUGAUCUACCUGGAUGAAAACUACAAUGUGUAUUUCAGAGAUAGAACUGGGGACACAUUUAGGUGGAAGAGUGAGAAUGUCUCCACUGCUGAAGUAGCUGACGUCAUGAGUCGUAUUCCGUUCAUCCGUGACGUCAAUGUUUACGGUGUAACAAUUCCAGGUGAAGAUGGGCGAGCAGGAAUGGCGGCCAUUCUUCUGAAAAAUAAAACCGAUAAAAUCACAGACGACAAAUUGCGAACGAUUUACUCAGUCUGUGAGAAGGAACUUCCGAAUUACGCUCGCCCUGUAUUCCUUCGCUUCAUGUCGAAUUUUAUCGUCACACAAACAAUGAAGAACCGGAAGGUGGAGCUGGUGGAGGAAGGUUAUGACCUUGGAAAGGUCAAGGACCCACUGUACUUCAUUGACUCAAAAAACAAGACCUACUCUCCUUUGUCUCUGGAAAAUUUCCAAAUUGUAAUGUCUUCAAAAUUAUGAAAAAAGGGGUAAAAGUGUCUUGCUGAUAAAGGUGUUUUAUUCAAAAUGUGAUUUGUUUACCAAAAAAAUGUUAGUGUCAUUGGUCGAACUUGCAUUUUAUUAUUUUAG